AUGGCUUUCCAGACCAUGCCAGUGUUUUUCCGUCAACUUUCCUUAGCGUUGGCUACUAAAAGUCGCGUUGGACGCUUCUCCUUGGCAGUCCUUGCAUUGUGUGUUUGUAUUUUAUUCGGGAUACAAUUACAAUAUUCGACAAACCCAUCCACCACCGUCAAAGAAAAUCCAGUUUUCGAAGCAAUCACGGGCACGAGUGAUGUCAGGAAAUCUGCAAAAGUGGAUGAAUCCCCUCCGUUUAUUAUUCUCAUGACGCAAUGGCGUUUCGGAUCCACUGUACUUGGAGAGCUUUUCAACCAGAAUCUAGAACUCUUCUACAUCUUCGAAUCACUCUUUCCAACUACGAAAUUAAGGAAGUUAAAGAAUGUAAGGCAGAACACUCCGGAAAACAAAGAAAUGGCCAGAGAUAUACUUCGCGGUUUCGCCAAGUGCGAUUUCAAAACGGACUAUGUGAAGAUUUUAAGUAAUUGGGGUGGUUCAUAUACCAUGAACAGAGGACUCUGUUUGAACAGUACAUCUUGCAGAUUGCACUCAGCAAGCGCUCUCGGGGACUUUUGCAAGGAAUUUAAAGGUAGACUAGCCACGAAGAUCAUCCACGCCGAUCUAGACCUUCUGAAGCCGCUGGUGGUUGAGGACGGUAUCAAUCUCAAAAUUAUCCACCUUGUUCGUGAUCCCCGUGGAGCUGCCUCGUCCAGAAUAAACUACCUGAUGAACAUUGAGUCUUAUUCGAAAAAUGUGGCUGAAGCACGGCCUUUCUUCCCGAACUUGGGCCGCCUUAAACCGCUUGGUCUCCUUGAUGGUAUUCCAGAGUACAUGCUCCCAGUUCAAGAGAUUAACGAUAACAACCCCACAGUUCGAGGGUUGUGCCAGUGGAUCAGGGAGAACACGAAGAGGUCGUCCGACCCAUUGCCUCCAUGGUUACAAGGACGAUAUCAUCUUGUUAUUUACGAGGACUUCGCCAAAGCCCCUUUGACAGAGGCUGAAAAGAUUUACAACUUUAUCGGGAUGCCACUCAAACCAGAACUCAAGAAGUUUGUCCAUGACAUGACCCAUUCAAACUCCAGUGACACAUCUUUAUUUUCCACUUCAAAGGAUGCGCACAAAACAGCCAAUAAGUGGAUGAAGGACUUGACAGUUAUGGAAGAGAGACAAAUCUUAAAGGAGUGCCUGGAUGUCCUGCAACUCCUGGGAUACGAACCGAAUUCCUCCAGGAUACUUCCAGAGAGUUGA